AUGAAAGAGGAGGAAGAGCCGGAGCGGCCUUGUAUUAAAGAGGAGGGAGAAGACUCCUGCAACAUUAAAGAGGAGGAGGAGGAGUAUACAUGCCAGAUGCUAAUGACUGGUGUUCUUGUGAAAAGUUUAGAUGAGGGUCAACAUGAGAUGAGCAAAGGGGCGGAGCCUCCAAGCUGCAGUCCAAGUCAACAAAUGACCAGCAAAGGGAAACUUAAAAACUUGCACACAAGAAUCCACACUGGUGAGAAACCAUUUUCAUGCUCAGUUUGUGGCCAUAAAUUCUCUCAGAAGGGAAACUUAAAAGUGCACAAAAGAAUCCACACUGGCGAGAAACCUUUUUCAUGCUCAGUUUGUGGCCAAAUAUUCCGUGAGAAGAAACACUUAAAAGUGCACACAAGAAUCCACACUGGCGAAAAACCUUUUUCAUGCUCAGUUUGUGGUAAAGAAUUCGCUCAGAAGGGAUAUUUAAACUGGCACACAAGAAUCCACACUGGCGAGAAACCUUUUUCAUGCUCAGUUUGUGGUAAACAAUUCUGUCAGAAGGGACAUUUAAACUUGCACACAAGAAUCCACACUGGCGAAAAACCUUUUUCAUGCUCAGUUUGUGGUAAAGAAUUCGCUCAGAAGGGAUAUUUAAACUGGCACACAAGAAUCCACACUGGCGAGAAACCUUUUUCAUGCUCAGUUUGUGGUAAACAAUUCUGUCAGAAGGGACAUUUAAACUUGCACACAAGAAUCCACACUGGCGAGAAACCGUUUUCAUGCUCAGUUUGUGGUAAAACAUUCUCUCAGAAGGAACAUUUAAACUUUCACACAAGAAUCCACACUGGCGAGAAACCGUUUUCAUGCUCAGUUUGUGGCCAAAAAUUCCGUGACAAGCAAAAGUUAGACUUGCACACAAGAAUCCACACUGGUGAGAAACCAUUUUCAUGCUCAGUUUGUGGCCAUAAAUUCUCUCAGAAGGGAAACUUAAAAGUGCACAAAAGAAUCCACACUGGUGAGAAACCUUUUUCAUGCUCAGUUUGUGGCAAAAGAUUUUCAGGGAUGAAAAUCUUAGAAAGGCACACAGGAAUCCACGCUGGCAAGAACACUGCUGCCCACUCAGUCACUUGCUAA